CAAGAAUAAAAGAGAGAAACGAGACCCUAGCGAAGGAGAAGCAAAAGCAAGCAAAACCCAGCGGUUUCAGGCUUCUCCCUGUUUCAUCCCCUCAUCCUCCUCCCCCCACCUCAACCGCCAUGGCUUUGAGUCGGAACUGGAUGUACGAGAACAACGGAGGCACAUGCGUAGCGAUCGCGGGAGCGGACUACUGCGUGGUGGCCGCUGACACGAGGCUGUCCAUCGGAUACAGCAUCUACACCCGCGACUACUCCAAGAUCUGCAAGCUGGCAGAAAAAUGUGUAUUGGCAUCUUCUGGAUUCCAAGGUGAUAUAAAAGCUUUGCAAAAAAACUUGGCUGCUAGGCACUUGAUCUAUCAGCAUCAACACAACAAACAAAUGAGCUGCCCUGCAAUGGCUCAACUCCUCUCAAAUACCCUUUAUUACAAACGUUUCUUUCCAUAUUAUGCUUUCAAUGUUCUAGGUGGACUUGACAAUGAAGGGAAGGGCUGUGUGUUUACGUAUGAUGCUGUUGGGUCCUACGAAAGGGUUGGGUACAGCGCCCAAGGCUCAGGGUCAACACUCAUCAUUCCUGUUUUGGACAACCAACUUAAAUCCCCUAGUCCUCUCUUAUUGCCUGCAAGGGAUCCUGUGACACCGCUAUCAGAAUCAGAUGCAGUUGAUUUGGUAAAAGAUGUUUUCGCAUCUGCAACCGAAAGAGAUAUAUACACUGGAGAUAAACUGGAAAUAGUCGUCGUCAAUGCAUCAGGUAUACGGCGUGAAUUUAUAGAUCUCAGGAAAGACUAAUGUCACAUAAUUGUGGGCUGCAGCUGUGACUCAGUUUUCAGAGCUGGGAGGUCUUCCAAUGUCAUUGUCAUGGUGGAGCUGUGCUCCUUCCUUGGUGAUUGCCCAGAUUUAGCCUUUAUCAUCCCUCAAACAUGUUCUUUUGCUUUGAGAUAUGGAUUCUUUCAGACCAACUGAAGUAAUGCAUGUUUUAUAUGAACAAGGCCAGAAUUUGUCAUUUAUAUUGGCAUUUUAUCAAGUUUUAACCGUUCUCUUUUCCUUCCUGCAUGGCCUGCCUUCGGGACUUCAUAUCUAGAGUUUGAACUGUAGCAACUUUAUAUUGAGAAAAUUUGAACUCUAUAUUCAGAAUCUGAACUCUAUA